GACGAGGAGGAGGAGGGGAAACUGCUGAAAAAACUGAGAAAACUAGCGGCGGCCGGCCGGAGAGGAAGGAAGAGACCUGCGUUGCGCCGCUGGUCUCCCAUCCAUCCAUUUUGUUUUGUCCGCUAGCUUCUUCACCUGUCGUUCCAGUAGGAGUCUUGCUUAUUUACCCCUCCUCCUCCACAACGUCCGUCCAGAUCAUCCGAGCUAGCUAGAGAGCAAAACGGAAUAAUCUAUUCCCGGUGAUAGAUUAAACAAAACAAAGUAUCUUCUCUGUCUGCGUGCGGUGUGCCGGCCAUUUCCACCUGUUCGUUCGCCCGGCUCCUCCUCCUCCUCUUCUGGUUCUAGUUCGUCGACGGCCCUUGCGCCGCAGCAGAGAGAGGGAGAUUCAUGGAGCUGGGGAGCGCCGUUUCGGCGCACAGAUGUAGCAGCUACUACACGGCGACCUACACCCACUGUUCCAUAGGCUUCUCCCCACGGGUCCGCGCCACCAGCUGCUGGAUCCGCGCGGCGGCUGAGGGCGACGACGGCGGGGCAGACCGCCGACGGAGAGGCGCCAGCUUCGCCGCCGAUGGGCCCAGGGUCGUCGAGGUCACCGCUGCCCCCGUGGCCACUAGCGGAGGCGGCGCCGGCGGAGCAGCCGGGAGCGCGGCGGGGUUCGGAGCGCGGGACGCCGAGCUCGCCAUGUGGGACAAGCUCGGGGCCGUCGUCAGGCUCAGCUAUGGCAUUGGGAUCUACGGGGCCAUGGCGCUCACCGGGAGAUUCAUAUGCCAAAUGGCCGGGAUAGACUGCACGGGAGGCUUCCAUCCAUCUCUCACGGCACUUGUCGAGGGGCUUGGUUAUGCAGCUCCACCAAUCAUGGCUCUGCUCUUCAUCCUUGAUGAUGAAGUAGUCAAGUAUUCGCCUCACGCGCGUGCCAUCCGUGAUGUGGAGGAUGAGGAGCUUCGCAGCUUCUUCUAUGGCAUGUCACCAUGGCAGUUCAUUCUCAUCGUGGCUGCUAGCUCAAUUGGUGAGGAGCUCUUCUACCGUGCAGCUAUUCAGGGAGCAUUGGCUGAUAUUUUCCUGAGAAGCACAGAGCUAAUGAAAGAUGCUCGAGGGAUUGCAUCCCUGAGUGGUAUUGUUCCUCCUUUGGUUCCAUUUGCUCAAACGUUUGCAGCAGUCAUCACUGCAGCCCUCACAGGAACCCUCUACUAUAUUGCCACAGCUCCCAAAGACCCUACAUAUGUUGUGACACCAGCAAUGCGUUCGCGCACAGGGCGGGAGAACCUCAAGAAACUAUUUGCAGCUUGGUACGAGAGGAGGCAAAUGAGGAAGAUAUACUCCCCGCUUCUAGAAGGAAUCUUGGCUUUCUACCUUGGCUUCGAAUGGAUCCAGACCGACAAUAUCCUAGCACCUAUGAUCACCCACGGCAUAUACUCCACCGUUGUCCUUGGCCAUGGGCUCUGGAAAAUCCACGACCACCGGAGAAGGCUACGGCAGCGGAUUCAGCAGGUCAGAAGUCAAGAGAGCAGCUCAGACACAUUGUAACUGCAAGAUGUGGCGGAUAGAUCAGCGUGGUGUACUACUGGAUAGCUAGCUAUGCUGAUUGCACGUAGUACUGGAUGAUCGAUCGACCGAUCAAUCAGAAGACCAGAGGCGUCUGACAAGUUUUGAUCUAGUUAAUUAACCAUCAAGAUAGGUAAAAGAUUGGGGAAAAAAAUAUAAUGCAUGUAGUCAUGUAAAGUGAUGUAGAUAUAAUCUGUACAUACAUAUAUGGAUAAAUAUAUGCAGGCUGUAAUCAAUAUAGGAAGUAUAGUAUACAAUAGCAACUUCCAGGUAUGUAAUAAUCCUAGUAUAUCACGUGCGUGCAAGGAAGAUAGCAGCCCACUCUUUUUUCCC